AAACCCAUCACGUUCCACUUCGCGCAUACGUUAGCCCUCGCCCAAAGAACUCCCCGUUACUUUUUCUCCGAUCGAAGACGACGACGGCAUUGCUUUGCUGGUCGCUUUGGAACUACAUCUCCCCCUCGGGUCCAGCCAUCGAUUGUUGGACUGCAUGCGAUUCAACUAUGCAGGAAUGUCCUUGUUUACCCGAGGGGAGCCACUGACGUGCGUUGUGCAAUAUGCGGCACAACGACUGCAGCUCCUCGACCAGGAAUGAAGAUUGUUCAGCUUGUAUGUAGAGGCUGCUGAACAAUGUUGAUGUAUGCAAAUGGUGCGACAAGUGUAAGGUGUUCCUGUUGUGACACCAUGAAUAUGACAGGAUCAGCAAAUCAGGUUGCUCAUCUGAACUGUGUCCAAUGUCAUCCGAUUCUGCUGUACCCUUAUGGAGCACCAUGUGUCAAAUGCGCAAUUUGCAACUGCAUUACAAAUGCUGGGAUGCAUAAUAUGAGAUUUCCAAACCAUGUUGCUCACAGGCCUAAUGAACCUACCCCUGUUCCUCCAUCAACUUCAGUUCAAUCUUCCCGAGCUUCAAACAUGACCGUAGUUGUUGAGAACCCAAUGUCAGUGAAUGAAAAUGGCAAACUGGUGAGCAAUGUUGUGGUUGGAGUUACCACCGGGAAAAAAUGACAAUGGACCAGUUUUAGAAUCAAUUUGUUGAUAUUCCAGUUAAAUGAAGAUUAAGUCUCUUCUUCCUGGAGCUCAGGUUUUUAACAAAUGAUGGACACAAUGCCUAAGACCUGUUUUCUUUUUUUUUUUCUAACUUUUGUAAAUGUGCCGUGUCACAUGGAAAUUUGUUGCAUCUGAUAGAUAUGCUACUGCAGUAGCAAGUGAUCUCACAAUUAAUGUCAAAUUACAUAAGACAAUAUACUCGUCCUGAUGAUUGCUUAUUUGUUUUGUUGGUUGACAUGAUAAUGGAAUUUUGUAGAGUUUCAUUUC